AUGGUUAUGAUGGAGUAUCUCAGUAGGUUGCUAGUGAAGAUGCAACUGGAUCCUAAUUUUAAUCAUCAUGCAAAGUGUGAGAAGCUGGGAAUCACCCACCUCACAUUUGCAAACGAUGUGCUUCUGUUUUGCAGGGGUGACAUUGGUUAUGUUGAGAAGUUGCUAGAAGUGAUUAAUCAAUUCUCAAUGACUACUGGCCUGGUGGUGAAUCCUAGAAAAUGUAAAUUCUAUUGUGGUGGUGUGGAUAGGGAAACAAAGAGCAAGAUCCAGGAGAUUUCUUCCUUUGUUGAGGGUCAACUUCCAGUGAGGUAUCUUGGGGUGCCUGUCACAAGUAAGAAACUCAAUGCUAAUCAUUACUUGCCUCUCAUUGAUAAGAUAAUGGCUAGAAUCAGGCAUUGGAUAUCAAAACUAUUUAGUAUGGCUGGUAGGAUCCAAAUGGUGAAUUGUACUAUAACUGCUAUAAUCCAGUUUUGA